UACAGACUCCCUGCGAAUUUUUACUCAUAACAUUAAACAAUAGGUACUGCAAAUAAUUUACAGUUUUACGAAUUAUUAGCACUGCGUGACUCUGAAUCUUUAGUGUGUUGAAAUGCAGAGUCCUAAACUGGAGACACCGGCCCCGGUGAGCCGGUCCGGUGCCGGGGACAUUUCCGAGCGAGAAUUGUCCAGGGAGCGAAGCACCAUGCAGACCACACCGCCUGCACGUCACCAGCGCGCUCUGCACAAGAACAAACUGUUUUCGGUCCCGGUGAACAAGUUCACGACCCGUUGCCAGCGCCAGAGCCCCAACCUGGCGCGUAUCCGCAGCUGCCUCGAGGAGCUUCGCUCUACGCCCGCUAGACCCGUCAAAAUCGGACCCAAAGCGGUUUCUAUGGAGGACUUGACGCCUACGAAGAGGAUAAAGCGAGAGAGCACCAGCAAAGAGAUCUCAAAGUAUCCCCUGGGGGGAGCGGAGGAGCAGGCCGCGGCCAGAAUCGGCCGCUUCAUGCUAGCGUGCGCGUGGCGACGGCGGCGCGACGAAGUCCGGUGCCUUCGCAAGACGCUGGAAUUCCAGAUUUCAUGUUCCGAACGUCUCCGGAUCCAAGUGCAUGCAUUAAAGAGCCUCCUUGACUCUGACAAUGGCAAGGUCCGUCUCGCUAUGCGCGAGCUUGAGCGGCUCAAACAGCUUCUAAGGGAUAAAGAGGCGGAAAAAAGCGUUUUAGAGAAAGAGAAGAACGCUUUGGAAAGAGAUUUGAGUAACGCGGAAGAUCGAGCGUCGGAGAUGAGCAUCGGAUGGCGUAACUGCCGCAACGAGGUGGAAGGCGUCAGAGCCGCGGCAGCGGUGAGCGAGCACGCAUUGUCGUUGGAACGCGCUGCCAGCGCAGAGGCACGCUCUCAGCGUGAUCGAGCCUACACCCGGCUAUCUCACCUGGAAGCAGACUUGUCACAGUAUGAGGCACUGCUGGCGGCGGCCGAGGCCGAGGCGGCUGCGCUCCGACGCGAGGCCGACGAGAAGCAGGCCCUACUGCAGCUCACCAGCGAGCAGCUGAAGCUGGAGAAGGAUGGUAGAGAGCGCUGCGCACGCGAUUGCUCAGCGCUAGCGGCACGCGUGGCGUUAGCCGCGGACGAGACGAGCGAGCUGCGAGGAGUUGUGAGCGAGCUACGCGCGGAGCUGGCCCGCCUCGACGCCGAGCUGCGCGUCACGCGCGAGCAGCUGGCGUGGUGGCCUCGCCCUCUAACCAGGAUGAUGGGUGCCGCGCGCUCCCUGCUGCGUUACCCACUGUCCGUGCCCGAAGCCAUCGUGUGGGCGCUGGUGCCCGCGCGGCACGGCUGCUGACCUUGCUCAGUUCUGUUCCAAGACCGUCCCUGUAUCGGUCGUAUCGUAGCGGUUCAAGC